AUGUCGUUGAUCGGUUGGAACAAGACAUGGUCCUGGCUUGCACAGGUUUUCCCUGUGGUAAUAAAUGCAGGGAAGAGCACGCACAAUGAAGAUCAAGCCAGCUGUGAAGUCCUCUUUGUCAAGAAGAAAGCUGGAGGCGCUAAUUCUACACCAAACAAGAACUCAUCAACAAAACGGAGGUCGUCGCUGCCCAAUGGAGAAGGUCUCCAGCUGAAAGACAAUUCGGACACAGAUGGGAUCAACCUGUACUACUGGUCCCUGUUUGAUGGACACGCAGGGUCGGGGGCAGCUGUGGUCGCUUCCAAACUGCUGCAGCACCAUAUCCUGGAGCAGCUGCAGGAGAUCGUGGACAUCCUGAGGAACACAGCCGUCCUCCCGCCCACCUGCCUGGGAGAGGAGCCCGAUAACCCGGCCACCAACAGCAGGACACUGACACGGGCAGCCUCCCUGCGUGGUGGUGUGGGAGCCCCAGGCUCGCCCAGCACCCCUCCAACACGCUUCUUCACUGAGAAGAAAAUCCCACAUGAGUGCCUGGUUAUUGGGGCCAUAGAAAGUGCAUUCAAGGAAAUGGAUUUGCAAAUAGAACGAGAGAGGACCGUGUAUAAUAUUUCUGGCGGCUGCACAGCCCUUGUGGUGGUGUAUUUACUGGGGAAGCUUUAUGUGGCAAACGCUGGUGAUAGCAGGGCUAUAAUAAUACGAAACGGUGAAGUCAUUCCAAUGUCUUCAGAAUUCACGCCAGAGACUGAACGCCAGCGACUGCAGUAUCUGGCUUACAUGCAGCCCCACUUGCUGGGAAAUGAGUUCACACAUUUAGAGUUUCCACGGAGGGUGCAGCGCAAGGAAGUUGGAAAGAGGAUGCUCUACCGUGACUUCAACAUGACUGGCUGGGCAUAUAAAACCAUUGAGGAAGAUGACUUGAAGUUUCCCCUUAUAUACGGAGAAGGCAAGAAGGCUCGAGUUAUGGCAACAAUUGGAGUGACCCGAGGACUGGGAGACCAUGACCUGAAAGUGCACGACUCCAAUAUAUACAUCAAACCUUUCCUGUCCUCAUCUCCCGAGGUGAGAGUCUAUGACCUCCUGCAGUAUGAGCAUGGGCCAGAUGAUGUUCUGAUCCUAGCUACUGAUGGACUCUGGGAUGUGCUGUUAAAUGAAGAAGUGGCAGAAGCUAUCACUAACUUUCUACCAAACUGUGACCCCGAUGAUCCCCACAGGUACACGCUGGCGGCACAGGACCUGGUGAUGCGAGCCAGGGGAGUGCUGAAGGACCGGGGCUGGCGAAUAUCCAACGACAGGCUGGGCUCUGGAGACGACAUCUCUGUCUACGUCAUCCCUCUAAUACACGGGAACAAACAGUCGUGA